CUUGGUUUUGCUGGUUUUUCCUUUCGGCGAGCUGGUCACACUAAAAGAAAGAAAUGGCUUAGACUAGGUGGCAGUGACUUACCAACCAGCAGCAACAGCCACAGCAACAGCAACAAAUUAACUUUCACUUCAACAAACUAAAAGUUCGAGAGACCAACAAAAAACAGAAAGCAAUUGCCAAUCGAUCGAUCGGAGUGAUGUAAACCAAUAUUACAUAUGGACAAUAUUAAACGAAUAUAAAUUGAAUAUGGCAUCAAAAUAUGAGCGCAUUAUCAGUGAUUGCAGAUCCAAGAAUCUACUGUGGGAAGACGCUGACUUCCCAGCCAUACAAUCGUCUGUAUUUUAUUAUCAAACGCCCCCAUUCACAUUCCAAUGGAAGCGAAUAGCCGAGUUAAACAAUGCGCAGGCAUCGUUUUUAAAUGAGAACGCCGAGUUCGAUGUGAUCCCGGGAAAAAUGGGUGAUCGUUGGCUAGUAUCUUGCUUGGGCGUUCUAUACUCAUUGCGAAAUCUAUUUUAUCGCGUUGUGCCCGCCGAUCAGGGCCUGGACAAAUCGUUGGGCAUCUAUCGCUUUCGAUUGUGGUGGUGCGGUGAAUGGGUCGAGGUCCUCGUCGACGAUCGUCUGCCAACAAUCAAUGGACGAUUGGCGUUCAUGCAGCCGCAGUCAUCCAAUUGCUUUUGGGCGUCGCUCCUGGAGAAGGCAAUUGCCAAGUUGCACGGCUCGUAUGAGGCUCUCAAAUAUGGUACACGAUCCGAUGGUCUAACCGAUCUGCUCGGCGGCGUUGUCAAGUGUAUGCCCAUAAUAUCAGACAGCAUUAGGCCACAAACCCUAAAGGAUCACCUGGCCACCACAUGCAUUGUCACGUGUAUAGCGGUCAAGAAUGCCGCCGUACAGAAGAAGAAUACGACGGAAAGGCUGCCAAAUGGUAUUCUCGUGAAUGCCAAUUACAGGCUGUCGUGUUUGGAUAAAGUGGAGACCGUUAUGGGCGAUUCGGUGCAACUGGUUCGCAUUAAGGACACAUUUUCAUCGAAACCCUUCGGAGAUAAGACGAAUUUCAUUGGGGACUGGUCACCCACGUCCAAGACGUGGGAGCGUGUCUCAUCGUCCGAACGUGGACGACUAUUGGCCCAAUUGGAGCUGGGGGAAUUUUGGAUCUCGUUCUAUGAUUUUGUGCAAUCGUUUUCAAUGCUGGAGAUCGUUUAUCUCGACUCGGAUACGGCGAAUGGGGAGCAAAUGCUGAAGGGACGACCACUGCAUUGGAAGAUGAAAAUGUACCAGGGCCAGUGGAAACGGGGUGUGACGGCCGGCGGUUGCCGUAACCACGAAUCCUUUCACAUAAACCCCCAGCUAAUGGUCACCGUACAGGAGAAACAGGACAUCGUCAUUGCCCUGAAUCAACACACGGCUGUCGAGCCGAAAGUAAUCGGCUUCACCAUGUACAUGUGGAAUCGGGAAUAUAGCCUUAACGAGUGCCUGCAGAAGGACUUCUUCAAGAACCAGGUGAGCUUCCUCAAUUCGGACUAUGGGAACACCCGGCACGUUAGCUACCAUACCCAACUGGAGACGGGCCAUUACGUUCUGAUGCCGACCACAUACGAGCCGGCUGAGGAGGCACAGUUUACAGUUCGCAUACUGGGCACAUCGGUGUUCCGACUGUCCUGCCUGGAGACACAGACAAUGAUACUGCUUGAUCCCUUCCCAUCGCUAAAGAGUGACGACAAUGUGCAGAAGAUCAAGAGCGUCUGUCAAUACGAGCCGGUCUACAUGCAACUGGCCGAUGAGAACAAGACGAUCAAUUGCUUUGAGCUGCACGAGCUGCUGGAGGCAUGCCUGCCCAAUGACUACAUCAAGGGAUGCGCCAACAUCGACAUAUGCAGACAGGUGAUCGCACUCCAAGACAAAACCGGCAACGGUCGCAUCACGUUCCAGCAGUUCAAAACUUUUAUGGUGAAUCUGAAAUCGUGGCAAGGUGUCUUCAAAAUGUACACUAAAGAGAAAGCGGGCAUUCUACGUGCCGAGAGAUUACGUGAUGCACUGUACGACAUCGGCUUCCAGCUGAGCACGGAUAUCAUGAACUGUCUGAUCCAGCGAUAUAUACGAAAAGACGGCACUCUCCGCCUGAGCGACUUCGUCUCAGCCGUAAUGCAUCUAACGACGGCCUUUAACCAAUUCCAUCUGAAGAACUACAACCAAGUGAAUGUCAUCGAGGUGCAUCUGCACGAUUGGAUCAAAAGUAUAUUAAGUUGCUAACAACAACAACAACAAAGAGAAAAACAAAAGAUAUAUUUUUU